CCAACCCGACAGGAGGCGGCGGUGGGCAGAGUGCUUCACAGCAACACCUAAAAAGGGCUGGGUUUGGAGAAAAGAUGAACUCAGAUUUGAAUUGUAAGUAAAAUUCCCACCUGCUCCCCAAGUCAGCGCACUUAAGGAAAAGAAAUCACAUCCUGAAAACACUAGCACAGGUUGCAAAAACUGCUUCUUGCGGACCAAGUGGGCUGAACAAACUGCACUGGAGAAGGAAGACGACACGAAAAGGUGCAACUGUGGCCAACAGCCGGUGGGAGGCGGGAGAAGGAAGAAGAGGAAGCAGAGCUUCCUUUACGGCGGCUUCUUCCCCCUGGCGUGAUGCUAUGACCGCCUCCCGUUGGCGGCCGCCAUGCUGCUGUACGGAAAGCGGCCUCGGCUUCUUUCCCGAAGAGGAACCUGCGCUCCCGAACUCAGGCAGGCGGCCGCCAUCCUUGCGUACGGUAAGCAGCCUCCCGCCUCUUCCCGGGUGAGGAAACUUGAGCUGGCCGGGAGUCUCCUUACAGCUGCUUCCAAAUUAAGCAUAUCUGGAUGGUGUGACACUUUUUGUUAUUACGAGAACUGUAUGGGCAUCGCAACUGGGCCUGUUUCAAGACAGACUUGUUGGAACCUUCAAAUCAUGUACCUUACAGACCCUAGCAGGCAGUUACACAGGCAGCCAGACGUCCAGAGAAGCAUAAGGGUAGAAGAAGAGGAGCUCGCUGGCACAUCCGGAGACCAUCCACGGGCAGAGCAGACCAUCCACGGGCAGAACGAUGCGGAGUUUGGCCCCGGCAGUCGGAAAAGAGCCCAGGGAAAACCAUUUCCUUUCUGGGUCCCUCAUCUGCUGAGAGCUACUUCCACUCAAUAAAACUUUGCACUCAUUCUCCAGGCCCACGUGUGAUCCAAUUCUUCUGGUAUACCAAGGCAAGAACCCAGGAUACAUAAAGCUUGCUGUCCUUGCGACAAGGUAGAGGGUCUAAUAGAGCUGGUUAACACAAGCUCCCUCUAGACAAACUAAAAGAGCAGCCUGUAACACACACCCACUGGGGCUUCAGGAGCUGUAAACAUUCACCCCUAGACACUGCCAAGGGGUCGGAGCUCCUCAGCCUUCCCGUCUGUAUGUGCCUCUAGAGGUCUGAGCAGCGGGGCACUGAAGAGGCAAGCCACACCCCCCAUGCACGCCCUGUGAGGGAGACAAGGGAACCUCUCCCAUUUCAGAAAGAUAAAAGUCACGGAAACUGAAAAUUACAUGCCUGAGAGUUAAUUCUAUUUUAGAAAUUAUAAUUUUAGUUUAUAUUAAUUUCAGUUAUAUCUUACUGAAGAAAUCUUUCCAGUCAGAAGGAGGUUCUAAUAUUCACAUGUUCUAAUACUUUGUUUAUUGUAAAACAGCUAAAUUUGGAGAUAUGUAAAGCCUUGUUUUCUCUGUGUGGUUCAGCUGCUUUCCAUUUGGUAUUACACAGUCAAAUUUACAUUUAUUAAAAUUGCCAUUUUAUUAAACAUUUUCAUGCACAGUAGAUUCAAGUUGUGUCUGAAAAUAUCUCUUGUGUUUUUUUGAUUUUGCUGACUUUAAAAGGAUUAAUCUGGGCAGACAUUAUGAAAAAGAAAGGUUGCGUUUAAUAUAUUUUUUGAACUUUGUAGGACAAAACAUAGCUGGUUAACCUUGAAGUGACUGUUGUACCAUGGUUGUGCACGUGCUUCAGAAUCCUACGGAAGACCAUGUUCCUACUUGCAGUGUACAUCAAAGGAAUGGAUGGUGGACCCUACUAUUCAUAUUUUGAAACAUAAAUGUUCACUUUAAAGCAAUUGCCAUAAUAGAUAAAAACCUGAACUUUCAUUGGAUUUUUGUUAAUUUUCCUCAUUUUGAAUUAUGUGCACUACCAUACUACAUCAGUUUGAUACAGUAUUGAAAAAUUAUCAGUUAUAUUUUGCUGUUUAUGAUCUAUUUGUAGAUUAGGAUUAAAAUGGAUUUAAUCCAUUUUUAAGGCUGUGUGAAUUUUUCUAAACAAGAACCAUUUGCAAUAUGGAUUUCAUAGAGAUUAAACCAAUUAUAACUUAUCAUUAGCAGUCGCGAGCACAUGUUCAUAUAGUCAAUGUAAAAAUACACUAAUGAGUAUUUGGUAAAUCCCAGUAGGCUUUUACCAUUAGCAUAAUUUUGUGUUGUACAAUUAAGUUACAAUUACAUCUCUAAUUUUGGAUAAUAUUCAUUGGUUAACAAUAAAGUGACAAAAGCUCA